UAUAAAUUUUUUUUAGACCUGUAGAUUUUUUAUUUUAGUUAUAAAAAUAUGUCUCGUAAUUUUGAAAUUGGUGGAAUAUUCAAAGCUCUUCAAGAAUCCCAUGUUACUACAAAAAGCAAGAAAAAAAAGAAGAAAAAGGCUAAAAAUAAUGACUCAGAUAGUCCAACAGAUAUAAAGAGCAUUGACGAGGAAAAUGAGAAUGCAAUAAAAGAAACUUUAGAUAACCUAUUUACUGUAAAACCAGAUGAAGGGUUUGAAGAAGUUGAUGAAGAUGAUGAAGAAUACCAGGAAUACAUUAAUGCAACAGAGGAAAAAGAGAAAGAAAAUAAAGAUAAUGUAAGAAAUAUGAGCACUGAGAGCUUGACAAAAACAAUCAAAAAAGAGAAACCAAAGAAAAAAACAAUCAUAAAAGAUGAUCCCGAAAAACUGUCAAGAACUUUGUUUGUUGGGAAUGUUGCUUUAAAUGUUUCACGAAAGAAGUUAAAAAAGUUAUUUAUGAAAUUUGGUGACAUUGAGACAAUCAGGAUUCGUUCUGUGCCCACAGCAGAUCCAAAAUUGCCAAAAAAAGUAGCACUUAUAAAGAAAAGUUUCCAUUCAGAACGCAACAAUAUGAAUGCAUAUAUUGUUUUCAAGUCAAAAGAUGACGCAGAUAAAGCAAUGACAUGUCAUGGUGCAUUAUUAGAAGGUCUUCACUUAAGAGUCGAUAAAUGUGAAAAUAAACAGCAUGAUCACAAGAAGUGCUUGUUUGUUGGAAAUCUUCCUUUUAAUGUCUCUGAGGAGGAUCUGCGUCAACAUUUUACAGACUGUGGUGAUAUUGAGGAUAUUAGACUGGUACGAGAUAAAGCUACUGGUAUUGGUAAAGGAUUUGGUUAUGUUAGGUUUAAGUCUUCCGAUGGCGUUACGUUUGGGCUAAAACUGAACGGGUCGACUUUUAAAGAACGCCCAUUACGUGUUUAUCGAUCAAGAGAGCAGCCAACACAACAAACAGGCCGUGCUCGAGAUAAAAAUAACUUUUCUGGGCUUCGCGCCACAUCGAAAAAAGAUCGUGUCAAAGGAAAGAAAUUGAUUGGGCAAAUGCAGUCGUCCACAAAGAAACCCCAUAAUGCUAUGCGAAGGAUACAAGGUAAACAGCUUCAACAAAAACAUUCGAAAAAUAAACAACGCAAUAUAAACAGGAAAGUCAAUAAAAACCCAAAAGAAAAGAAAUUUAAGAAAUAACUUGCAUAUUAUGUGGAGGAAGGAUUGAUGUAAAGCUAGAUUUUAUGUUUUUUAAAUAAAAGAAGUAUGAAAGAUGUAAAUAUA